ACCGUAAACAAAUGACUCUUUCGUAAACUUUGCCAAAAAUCCAUAAUAUAUUUCAUUAUAGCGGGAAAAUUCAUCAAUAUAAAAAGCAUAAGGCAAUUUUUCUAUUGAAAUCCAUGUUUUUGUAAACGGGAAAUGCGCGUUUUAUGUGUCGCUGAAAAAAACUCAAUAGCUAAAAGUGUAGCAAGCAUUUUAGGCGGUGGUCAAGUGAAACGGAGAGACACGAAAAGCAAGUACAUUAAGAAUUAUGACUUUACAUUUGACUUUGGAGGAUAUAUUGGUACGGCACAAGUUACAAUGACAUCCGUUUCAGGCCAUUUAACGGAGGCUUCUUUUCCUUCUGAGUAUAACAGUUGGAGUUCUGUACCUCAGGACAUUCUCUUCGAUGCGCGAAUCGUAACCUCGGUUUCUAAAAAUGCUAAUGUCCUUGCUGAUAAUAUAAAGAAAGAAGCAAGGAAUGCAACAUAUUUAUAUAUCUGGACAGACUGUGAUCGGGAAGGGGAACAUAUAGGAAUGGAAAUUACAAACGUUGCAAAGAUCAGCAAUCCAAGGAUUCAUGUUAUUCGAGCCGACUUUAACAAUUUGGAAAAAAGACACAUCAUUCAGGCGUCGAAGAGACCUAGAGAGCUGUCGAAAGAUGCUGCAGAUGCUGUGUCGGCCAGAAUUGAGCUUGAUUUUCGUCUGGGCGCUAUUUUCACGCGCUUACAAACAUUACAACUGCAACGUGCUUUCGAGGUUCUUCAGAACAAAGUUAUUAGCUAUGGACCGUGUCAGUUUCCUACGUUGGGCUUUGUUGUCGAUAGAUGGCAAAGAGUAGAGGAUUUUGUUCCUGAAAACUUUUGGUCCUUGAAACUAGUCGACAAACGAGAACGGCAAACCGUUAACUUCUCGUGGAAAAGAAAUCGUGUUUAUGACAGAUUGGCGGCUAUCUUGUUUUUGGAAAAUUGUUUAGAUGCAAAGAUUGCAAAAGUUGUCAAAGUAAAUAAAAAGCCUGCUAAACGAUAUAAACCUAUUCCGCUAUCGACCGUCGAACUUACAAAAAUGGGACCUAAAUAUCUUCGUCUUUCUUCUAAAAAAACACUUGAGUUGGCAGAGAGUCUUUAUACGAAUGGAUUUGUUUCCUAUCCACGUACCGAAACUGAUCAAUUUGACGCAGGCAUGGAUUUGCAGGGAAUUAUUGGCAAACUGGCGCCCAGUGAAGACUGGGGGACUUAUGCUCAAGGACUCUUAGACGGAAAUUAUCGAACUCCUCGGAAGGGAAAACAUAAUGAUCGAGCACAUCCUCCAAUCCAUCCAAUCAAUCUUGUUCAUCGUUCUGCCUUAUCUAGUCAAGACCAUUGGAAGGUUUACGAACUUAUUACCAGAAGGUUUCUAGCAUGUUGCUCUGAGAAUGCUAUUGGCGCAGAAACGAUUGUGGACCUUCAGAUGGGCGAUGAGUUCUUUUCUCAAAAGGGAUUAGUUAUCCUCGAGCGGAAUUAUCUAGAUGUUUAUCCUUACGACAAAUGGACUGGAACAGGACAGCUUCCCGUUUAUCAAGUCAAUGAGGAAUUUAUACCUAAUGUACUCAAUAUCACCGAUAGCGUUACCACUUCGCCUUCGUAUUUGACCGAGCCAGAGCUGAUUUCAUUGAUGGAUGCAAAUGGAAUUGGCACGGACGCAACUAUGGCUGACCACAUUGAAAAAGUUCAAGAACGAGAGUAUGUAAUCAAGAGGAAAAAGCGUGGUGCGGCCACAGAGUUUGUUCCCAGCUCUCUUGGGAUUGCUUUGGCAAAAGGUUAUGAUGAAAUAGGGCUUGAAUGGAGUUUGACUAAGCCAUUUUUACGGAAAGAGAUGGAAGACCAACUAAAGAAUAUUGAAAAAGGGCAAUUGGAUCGAGAUGCACUGGUACAAAUGACGCUGACUCAGUUUCGCGACGUGUUCCAUUUGACCAAACAAAGGUUUGAUUGUUUAAAAAACAGCUGUCGGUUAUACCUUAUUGAGCUUAACGAAGGCUAAUGUGUCUCUAAAAGAAAAAAAUGACACUCGUAGACAUCUGAAACUUCUUCCAAUACUCUCCAUUUUUGUGGUUUCGUGUGGAAGAAAAUUU